AAUUAGUGUGUGGUUUUUUGGUGUACUCUCUAUAUUGCUGUGCGUAUUUUGGAACAACAUCGAUGGUGUCUGUCUCUGGACAAGUGUAACAUCUGAAUAAAGUGAAAUUUUCUUCAUUUCAUCUCUUCUACACGGGUUUUUUGCUCGGCUUACUUUUACCAACAAUAUAGUUUAUUGAGCAAGGCUCAAGCAGUAGCAACUUAAAGCGCACACAACUACUCAAAUCGUGCAAAUAAACAUUGAAAACAACACAAUUUUUCUAUGCCUUUUUUGCUCUUCUUAUUUAAACAUUUUUUUUUACAAAACUACAAAAAAAGAAAAUUCGGCUAAAUGCUAAAAAUUGGACGGAGCAGCUGAGUGUUUGCAUUAAACAAUAAAGAAUUUUUACUUAAAUCGUCGAAAAAAGUGCUUAGUGUUUUAACUAAAUCAGAGAAGAAAUAAAAGAGACUUUGUGAUUUAAUUCAAUGAGAUUCAAUGAUAAAUGACAUCUAUCAAAUUAAAAGAGAGCAAAGACAGUAAACACAAUAAAGACAAAUAGAAACUCAAUAGUUGGCAUGAUAGCUCUUAAAAUUGAAAUGAGGAAGAGACAAAAUAUGCGAAAUGUGUUUGAAUUUCUGUUUUAUUUUUUUAAAUAAUUAAAAUACAUAUUUAACAUUGACAAAUAAAUUUGGUUCCGUAAAAUGAAAGCGUACAUAAUAUACAGAGCAUUUGUUUUGAUUCAAACACACAACACAAACAAAAACCAUAUACACACGCCAAAAGGAGUUAAAAAAUGAAAUCAAAUGUGUGAUUUGGCUACUGAUUUUUUUACAUUUUAUGACGAGUGUUUUAUGAUCAAACAUUUAUAUGUUUGCUAAAAGCAAUAUAUUGUGUGCAAAAGAGAUUCAUACUCCCAUUUCAAUAAAAACCAAAACAAAAAAAGUGUCUAUAUCCCGAUUUGGUUCGUGUUGUAUUUGUCGCAUGAGUAAAUCUGAUAAAAUAUUACUAUCACACCAACCAGAGACAAGAACGAUCAAAGAUAGAACGAGUCAGAAAAGCACACAUAGAAAGAGAUAGAGCGUAUGUGGUUCAGAAGUACCUGCAAAAAUCGCUGUAGCGACCCAAAAAUCAACCGUGCAUAUUCAGUGUAAUGUUGAUGUGCUCCAAAACACUUGUGAUCUUUUGAUGUUUAUUGUGUUCUAUUUUGCUAUUUUCAAAGGCUGUGCAAUGUUUUUGGAGUAGGAAAUACAAAACAAAAAUAUAUAUAUUAUCUAGCAUUAAUCCAAACCCAAACAAAACAAAAAGUGCAGUGACAAUAUCCGAAUACGAUUGAAUGUGAUGUGCAAAAAAAGCUAUAUACUAAUGACCGGAACAAUGACAUCGUGGAAAAUGUGUUACUUGCACCGUGCUCACUUUGAAUGAAUGAAAUCGGCCUAGGCCAGAGAAAAGCAAAACUCAUUAUUAAUUAUGCUCGCAUAACGCCACAAAGGCAAAUCGUCUUUUUUUUCAUUCGUUCAUUUCGGUGUCGUUAAACACGCAAUUUCGCUCAGAUUAAAGCAGUUUGCGUGCAAGUGUGUCGUUCGAAUUUUUUGUUUUUGAUUUUCUUCUGUGUCUUCUUCUUUUAUAUUGGAUCGACAAUCAAAACGGAUUGAUUUUCAAAGCAAACAUCUAACGGAAGAUAAUAAAAAAGGGGAAAAUUCGCCCAAAAAAAGAGAAACAACACAAAUUGAAAUCGCACUGUAAAUAGUAGAAAAAAAUGGGCGAGAAUGGUCAAAAUGACAAUACCAAAUACAAUGAAAACGCCGAAACGGGUUCAUCAUCGGUAAAAAAUCAACAACAACAACAACAAACACAGUCACAACAGCAACGACAACAAACCACAACCAAUCGCUUUGCUGAUUAUUUUGUUAUCUGCGGCUUAGAUCAAGAUACAGGCCUUGAACCUGACCGAUUUGCUGGCGAUAGUCUUCAUUGUCCCCCAUUGGAUCGAGCUUAUAAGAGUAAACCGUUGGCACAUUAUCCGGAGCAUGUAUCAUGGAAUCCAUUCGAUUCGCACGGCAUUUGUAUGUUGUCAUUGCCUCAAGGUUUACGAUUUCGCACACAAAAACAUUCAAUCGAACCACAUUUUCAUUCGUUUGCUACGACUCGUGAGGACGGCAAACGAUGCCAUGGAUUCAGUUUGAUAUUUUACGAAGAAAUUCGAAAUCAGGAUAUUUGCGAUGCAAUGCAUACGCUUCAGUCGAUGUUCAUGACAGAGCUCUCGAAUGGACAGUCGUCGCCCGGUCUGCAACGCGUAAAAGAUAGCCCGAUAUCUCGGUCAUUACCGCGUCACUUUAAAUUGGCAGCAAAUACGCCCGCGUCAGCGGUGAGUUAUUACAAAAUCAACAAGGAUAAAUUGUACGUGGCAAAAAGUAUAUCGUUGGUAUGCCAGGUGGCCUACGCCCAUGUGGCUGAGAUAUUCUUAACCAAUUUAUAUAAAUGUCUUCCUCGUCAGCCGGGCCCAAGUUUGAGCCUUGAGAGUUAUGUGUAUAACAUUUUAUAUGAAGUCAUAAUUCCAGAACCGGGUCGUUCGAUUCGAAUCUAUUUACCACCCGAUGAACCUCAUUUACCUCCAAUACCUACAAUUCUACAGCGACCUGGCCUCUCCGAUGAAUUACCUCUUAUGGACUUUCCAAUUCGUUUGCUAUUUACGUACAUCGGUGUUGAAUGCGUGAUACAGCUCUUCACUUGCGUUUUACUUGAAAGUCAAGUGCUACUUCGAUCAUCUGAUUAUCAGAAGCUGAUGAUUGUUGGUGAGUGCAUAACGGCGCUACUGUUUCCAUUUGUUUGGCCGCAUGUUUAUGCACCGAUACUUCCAGUGGCGUUACACCAUUUUCUCGAUGCGCCCGUUCCAUUUGUAAUGGGUUUGCAUGCCGAUUCGGAAAGUUACUUAAAAAUUGGCAACGAAGCCACACUUUGUUGUGUUGAUAUCGAUAAAAAGACUAUACAAUUACCUGAAGAAUUGCCGCUAUUUCCACAUCGCAGUGAUUUUAUUGCCGAAAUUUCGGCUAUUUUGGAUAAAUUCAAUGUUAAUUAUCGUGAUAAAAGUGUUCGCGAUGUGGUACAGUCAAUGUCAAGCCAAUCGACCACAAAUAGUUCCAUUGCAUCGAACAUUUUUUCGUCAAGGCGCAACGAUGAUGUGAUGACAUCGAGUUGUACGCUACCAUCUGGAAUGCAUGCGAGGCGAAAGUUAUCGUUGCAUGACACAUUUGAUUGGGAUCGUCCAUCGUCGCCAAAUGCAUUAGAUGGACAAACACAACCAUUGUUGGCUCCAGCAUCCGAUCGAAUUACCCAAAAACCACCACUGAACAAUGCAGCAUUACCGCCACGAAUUGGUGAUAUUGUACGACGUAGCGGCGUUACAAUGGAUGAAAUUGAUUGCAGCAAUGAUGUUAUGCCAGCGAAACGAAGAGGACCAUUGUCACAGCAUGAACGUUAUUGCGAAGACCUUCGAUUGAACAAUUCAGUUCGCGAAAUUUUUUUAAAUCGUUUCGUUCAAAUGUUUGCCACUUAUGAACAUUUUGUCAUUUGGCCAAAUCAAGAUAAAAAUGAAUGGCUUACAAAUCGUGAAUCGCUACAAAAUUUUGAUAAGGCAUCAUUUUUAUCCGAUCAACAACAACAUCAUCGACCAUUCUUGAGCCGAUUUCUUGAGAGUCAAAUGUUUGCCACGCUCAUCGACAAUAAAAUUAUGGCCAUGUGGGACAGUGACAUCGAUUCGAACUUGAAACUAUUCGAUAGCCGCAUUAAAAUACUCAAAAAACGUCACGGUGGCGAAAAUAUGAUUCGUUCAGCAAACUAUGAACCAUGCAUUUUGGCGCGUGAAACGCAGCGAUUUUUAGAUAAACGAUUGAACAAUGUUGAUAUGGAGGUGUCUGCUCCAAGUGAAAUACUGCCAAAUCGUCCGGCAUAUUUCCGUAGUUUUCCGACAUUGGAAAAGUCGGUGUUGAGUCAGGAGUCGGCAUCGAGAGGCAACAGUUUGCGCCGUUUUAAAAAUGGUUCAAAAUGGCGCACCAGAGAGAUAUCAAUCGAUGGAAAACCGCCGACAUUCAGUUCAAGCAGUGCAGCUGCCGCCGCAGCAAAUCGAAAUUCAGCAAAUCUCGCAACUACCGAACUGAGUCCCGCACUUUUGGCACAAGCCAAUUGGACAUUUGUUGAAAAAUUAUUAAAAGAUUGUAAGAGUAAAACGAAACGAAUGUUACUGGAGAAAAUGGGCACCGAAGCGAUUGCACUUGGUCUAAGUGGCGAAGUGUCUGUGAUCGGUGUGGAAGAGAAUACAAUGAUUGCGUCGUUGUGUGAUUUAUUGGAAAAAGUUUGGUCACAUGGUUUAACAAAUAAACAAGGCAAAUCAGCACUUUGGUCUCAUCUUCAAUCAUAUUUAGAUUCUCAUGAUGAUAGUAGCCAUCCACCGAAAGAUAUUGAUACCACUUUUCUUACGCCAGCUGUCGCCUGGAGUGCGAUGCGGAAACGAAUGGAUUAUUUAUCGUCACUGGCCAUUGAGAAUGAAUCACCACGUAGUCCAACUAGAGGUAGAUCGAAAUCACGUGAUAGAAAAGAUUCAACACCUGAUCAACUUCGUACAUUGCCAGAAUCAUUAGAAUUUGACAUCAAAAAUAUUCUUGCCAUGACCGAUAUCAAGACGCAUAUUGGUUAUGCACGAGCAUGGGUUAGAUUGGCAUUGGAGAAAAAAUUGUUAUCAAAGCACUUCAGAACACUGUUAUCCGAUACCGCACUGCUUCGAAAUCUUUACAAACGCAACGCAUUUGUUCGUUGUGAAGAAGAAAAGGAGCAAUUUCUUUAUCAUUUACUUACAUUAAAUGCCGUCGAUUAUUUUUGCUUCACCAAUACUUAUCCAACCACAAAGUUACCGUAUCGAGUUGUGAUAUUUCCAUCGAAAAAAUAUGGGCCAGUAACAACAACUGCUAACGUAUGGGUGGCGAUAUCGGGUACAUUGUGCGAAACUCAACAAGUGACCAUUCCACGCAGUUCUCUUGAAUUUGUUUUUCAUCAUAAGAAUUUAGGUAUAUUAACAACCCUUCGCAUCGGUCAUGAUAACUCUGGUCCAUCGCCUAAAUGGAUGGUUGAACAUAUACUUGUUCGAAACGAAGUCACCGGCCAUACCUACAAAUUCGCUUGUGGUCGAUGGUUGGGUCGUGGCGUUGAUGACGGUUCAACUGAGCGAUUAUUAGUAGGUCAAUUGGUACCACGGACGGUUGAUAGUGAAGAAUUAGUUGAAGUUUGCCGAACGCCACCGCGAUCGGUUAGUCCGAGCGUACAUCGACCGGAAAUUCGACCAUCUGAUAUUCAACAUAUGCUUGGCGAUUGUGUCAAUGCAAUUGUUAAAUGGCAUUAUAGACCAAAUCGUGAAAGAGACACCAGUUCAUUGACAAACUUAUUAUGCGGCGAAGAUGGUUUAGUAAAAUGCAUGGAAAGUGCAUUUUUAUAUGGAUUCAAAUCACAGCGAUUAUUUGGACGAAACUUUUAUAUUUGGGAUUUUCUUGUUAAAGUGAAAGAACAAUUCGAAUUGAAUUUGGUGGAAGAAGCAUUGUCAACCGAAAAUUCUAGUCCUGAAUCUCCACAUUCGCCUGCGCCAGCGCAAAUGACACCGGCUGUUCGUCAAGAAUUAACAGCAAUUUGGAGAUGUUAUAACCACUUAAUGGAUGAAAUCAACAAUGUCACACAGUCGCUGGGAAAAGAUGGCAAAUUUCAACUAUUCAUUUGUCUUAGCUUAAGAGAACAUUUGCUGUAUCGCAUGCUUCAACCAAUUGCAGCUACUCAAGUAACUCAGGAAAUGUACGAAGACCAAAGUUUUAUGAGACGAAAAGGCCUAUUGACCUUUUUACGACAAAUACUCGAACCGUUGGACGAGUUUCACAUUGUUUUGGAAAACUCUCUGACGCAGGGAAUUGCAUCGCAGUGUUAAACAAAAACCAUAUACAAUACAUAUAGAUAUAUAGUCAAUUCCAACACAAAAUAAAAAUGAAACCAAAUACUCAA